GUCGCUAGGGAGGUUUCUCACGUUUUCUCUGGCAUCAUCUACCUGGAAAUGCCGGUAAAGAAAAUGCAAAAUAAAAAUCUGACUCGAGACUAGAGUGAUCGUGGCCGAAAAAGGAGGCGAGCACCUCUCACGGUGUCCGGCGGGUUUGCAUUUUCGCGUUGUCGUUCAGAUUCGGAAUAGAGGGCUGUUCUCUCUAAGGUUGAUGUCUUAGUAGAAGUGGACUUAUGGGGGAUAUUGUUGGCCAUUUAAAAGUGACUGUGGUGCAGGGAAAAAGGCUGGUAAUUCGGGAUUUCAAGAGCAGUGAUCCUUACGUUGUGGUCAAGCUGGGCAAUCAGACUGGGAAAACUAAAGUUAUCAACAGCUGCCUUAACCCUGUUUGGAACGAAGAGUUAACUUUCUCUGUCACAGAGCCCAUUGGAGUUCUAAAGUUGGAGGUGUUUGACAAAGACAGGUUUAAAGCGGAUGACAAGAUGGGAAGAGCAUACCUCAGUAUUCAGCCAAUAGCGUCAAUUGCAAGGCUCAGACCGAUCCUCCAAGUUUCAGCUGGGACGACAACAUUAAGGAAGAUGGUACCAGAUAGUGACAACUGCCUGGUCAGGGAAAGUUGUGUGAAUUGUGUAGAUGGCGAAAUUGUUCAAGACGUUUGGUUGAGGCUUUGUGACGUGGAGUCCGGAGAGAUUGAGUUGAAGAUCAAGUGGGUUGAUCUUCCUUCUACCGCUCCUAGUGAUGCUACUUCAAGUUAGGAUGAAGCAGGCUAAUUUGAAAGAAAAGAGCGUGUAGACAUGAAAUUAUGAAGGAAAAGGGCUGAGAUUGUCUGCUAAACUUCUAGCUAUGCGGGCGCGGGUUGCAACUGGACUUGGGUCUGACUUUUAAAAGGUAUUUGAUUGAAAGGAUGCUAUUAAUUUUGCUCAGUUAUGGAAUGUCAACCCACUUUGUAUUCAGUUUGUGCUUAUAUUCUAUCUAGUUAUGGAUUUGGAGUGUUUUAUCUUUUGGAUCA